GUAAAGAUGCAAUGUUGAGCGUCUCUCUUAUUUCAGAAUUCAGUUUUGGUUUCCUUGUAUUGGUAUGUGGAUCUUCUAUGACAGGGGCAGAGAGGAAGAGUUUGUUCUAAAAUGGGUGGUGGGUUGUUUAGGAUUUGAGGAAUAUUUGAAUCUACAAUUGAUGGUGUGGUGAUGAUUCAAAGAAGAGGUAUCUGGGUGUUUAAGGGGUCACUGAUUUAAAUGGUUGGUUGGGAGGCAAUAGCUGGGAUGUUUGGCAAAAAUGCUGGAACAGAGGAUUUGGAGGCCUUCUAUCCCGUAAGACCAGAAUGCAAAGCCGACAUUCCAAAGACCCGCUUUAGGCCCAGGGCAGGGAAAACUCUCAGUGCAAGAAGAUGGCAUGCUGCAUUCUCUGAAGAUGGUCACCUGGAUAUAGCAAAAGUUCUUAGACGGAUCCAACGAGGGGGUAUUCACCCUUCAAUCAAAGGGUUGGUGUGGGAGUUUCUGUUAGGUUGCUUUGAUCCUAAUAGUAGCUUUGAAGAUCGAAAUCAGCUUAGACAGCAAAGGAGGGAGAGGUAUGGCAUGUGGAAGACUGAAUGUCAGAAUAUGGUUCCUGUUAUUGGUAGUGGAAAGUUCAUUACGACACCAAUCAUCACUGAUGAUGGCCAACCAAUCGAAGAUGGAGGUUGGCAUGUAACCAGUGCUGUUGCAGACAAGAAAGUGGCUCAGUGGAUGCUUUCCUUGCACCAAAUCGGUUUGGAUGUUGUUCGAACUGAUCGAGCACUUACCUUUUAUGAGAAUGAAACUAAUCAGGCAAAACUUUGGGAUGUUCUUGCUAUCUAUUCUUGGGUAGACGAUGAUAUUGGUUAUGUACAAGGAAUGAAUGACAUAUGCUCUCCAAUGGUAAUUCUUCUUGAAAAUGAAGCAGAUGCAUUUUGGUGUUUUGAGCGUGCAAUGCGGAAACUGAGAGAAAACUUUAGGUGCAGUACAAAUUCAAUAGGAGUGCAAUCCCAGCUGAGUACACUUUCACAAGUAAUUAGAACUGUUGACCCUAAGCUUCAUCAACACCUUGAGGACCUAGAUGGUGGGGAGUAUUUGUUUGCAUUUCGCAUGCUGAUGGUACUUUUCCGGAGAGAAUUCUCCUUUAUUGAUGCGUUGUAUCUUUGGGAGGUGAUGUGGGCAAUGGAGUACAACCCUAAUAUCUUCUCAUCCUAUGAGCUGCCGAGUACAGCUUCAGAUAGCAACAGUGCACAAACAUUUGAUCAGAAGCUGCUAAAGCAGUAUGGGAAGUUUGAAAGAAUAAAUGUGAAGAAUGGACAUACUGAUAAAAACAGUGCACUUGCUGUUUAUCUUGCUGCAAGUGUUCUUGAGUCCAAGAAUAAAGUAAUUUUAAAGGAGGCAAAGGGUUUGGAUGAUGUUGUCAAGAUAAUGGGUGAUAUUACUGGAAAUUUGGAUGCUAAGAAAGCAUGUAAAGAGGCAUUGAAGAUUCAAAACAAGUACUUGAAGAAGGCCAAGAAGUCAUAGUUGGAGCUUAUCAAACAUCAAUUUCUAUACUCGGAUUUUUUUUUUUAAGAUUUUAAUGUAUUCUGGGUAUGUUUUUGUCUUUUAAGUCACAUUCAUUUCUCUCUCUCCACCUUGUUCAUAUAUGUUAAUUCAUGCCAUUUUUGAAAGCUGUAUAAGAUUUUGAUGACAUGAUUCUG